UGACUUUCAGGUCUCGCAACUCGUCCGGCUAGUGGGUUUUCUCAGGCAAGAGGUGAGCACGUUGAAGGCGAACUACAAGAAGGCUACCGAGCUGGGCAUCAAGUACAAGCAGCAAGCCGAAAGUCUGAGCAAGGAGAACGCCACCCUCAGGAACGAGCUGAGCAAGCUCAAGGAGCACCCGAGAAUUGGCAUCGACAUCCCCCAGUCUCCAAUGUUCCUGCCUCGACCAAACUUCCAGGCCCUGCCAGCUUUUGAGGAUCCGAUCUCCUCACAGUCGAGCAACUUGUUCGGGAUGCACACUCCAUUGAAUCAAUCUCUAAAGAAGAAAUAUGCCGUAGUGACAGGCUAUACGCCAUGCAGAGAAGCUACUGCAAUGAUGGCCGGCAUGGACAUAAGCCACCAGAGGAGUCAGCGCUCCUAUGAUGACGAUCUCCAGCCCCGUGGUCGUGCUAUUGUUAAAGCAGUCACACCACCCUUCGGAUUUUCGCCGGCAAAUGCUGGUCACCGAAGGCCAAUUUACGACUCAGACUCAUCAUUGAGCAGCAGCUGCUUCCAGACACCGAGCACAGAUUCCUUGUCCCGGUACAACACCAGUAUUCCAGCAACCGGGCCACUAGAAGCCAUCGAGAAUAUGCCAUUUAUUUACAGAUACGAAGAAAUAUUUCAAUGAAUCGAUUAGGGUCACCUGUAAGCAUUUUUUCAAGCAGCUGAAAAGUACAGCUCUGCAAAAGUGGAACGUUCUCAAGAAAGUACUCCAACUGAACUUGGUAUUUUUUUUUUUAAACAUCCAAGUGGCAUGUUUCACCCAAGAUAUGUUUCAAUAAAGUGAAGUGACACUUU